UGGUUCAGUUCAAUGGGAAAAGUUGCUUGUAAUCAUCAUUAAACACAUAGUUCACAGUAGAAAGACGAACAAAAUCUAAACGUUCGAAAACAACGAUUUUAUUCAUCUAUUUCGUGUACAAGUUUUGUUUUUCUAAAAAGAAAAACGAAUUGUAAUUAAAUUUGAUUCAAAUUGCAUUCGAUUUUUGUUGAAUUUGUUCGUAAUUUGUUGAAGAAACAUACGUAAAGAUGCCGGAUCAUUUGGGUGAUGAUAUGCGUAAAGUGAAAAUCGAAGAGAAAGAUGAAGAAAUUAAAUCUCUUGAUGAAGGCGACAUUGAACUUUUGAAAACUUAUGGCCAAGGACAAUAUCAUAAGAGCAUCAAAACAAUUGAAGAUGAUAUUCAGAAAGCGAUUAAACAAGUCAACGAAUUGACUGGCAUCAAAGAAAGUGACACUGGUUUGGCAGCACCAGCACUGUGGGAUUUGGCUGCUGACAAACAAACCCUUACGAAUGAACAACCACUACAGGUUGCACGUUGUACAAAAAUCAUCAAUGCGGAUUCAGACGAUCCAAAAUACAUAAUUAAUGUCAAACAAUUUGCAAAGUUUGUUGUCGAUUUGGCCGAUUCAGUGGCACCAACUGAUAUUGAAGAGGGAAUGCGCGUUGGCGUGGAUCGUAACAAGUAUCAAAUUCAUAUUCCAUUGCCACCGAAAAUCGAUCCAACUGUAACAAUGAUGCAGGUCGAAGACAAGCCAGAUGUUACGUACAGUGAUGUUGGUGGUUGCAAAGAGCAAAUUGAAAAAUUGCGUGAAGUCGUCGAAACACCGUUACUUCAUCCGGAAAAAUUCGUAAAUUUGGGAAUUGAGCCGCCAAAAGGUGUGCUAUUGUUUGGACCACCCGGAACUGGUAAAACUUUGUGUGCUCGUGCGGUGGCUAAUCGUACCGAUGCAUGUUUCAUUCGUGUCAUCGGUUCGGAAUUGGUGCAAAAAUACGUGGGUGAAGGAGCACGUAUGGUACGUGAACUCUUUGAAAUGGCCCGUUCGAAAAAGGCAUGUUUGAUAUUCUUUGAUGAAAUUGAUGCGAUUGGUGGUGCGCGUUUCGAUGAUGGUGCCGGUGGUGAUAAUGAAGUUCAACGUACAAUGUUAGAAUUGAUCAAUCAAUUGGAUGGUUUCGAUCCACGUGGUAAUAUCAAAGUAUUGAUGGCCACAAAUCGACCUGACACACUCGAUCCCGCAUUGAUGCGUCCGGGUCGUUUGGAUCGUAAAGUUGAAUUCGGUCUACCCGAUUUGGAUGGUCGUACACAUAUUUUCAAAAUUCAUGCACGUUCAAUGUCCGUUGAACGUGACAUUCGUUUUGAAUUGUUGGCACGUUUGUGUCCAAAUUCAACAGGCGCUGAAAUUCGAUCGGUUUGCACUGAAGCUGGUAUGUUUGCGAUUCGAGCCAGACGUAAGGUAGCCACCGAAAAGGAUUUCCUUGAAGCCGUCAACAAAGUUAUCAAGAGUUAUGCCAAAUUUAGCGCCACACCAAGAUAUAUGACCUACAAUUAAGUUUUAAUUCUAUGAAGAAAAAAAUAUCUUUUUUUUUUAAUGAAAAUUUGUACACUUUUCUGCUCUUAACCGUUUUUGAAAUGCGCAUUAAACUUAUCUGAUUUUAUCAGAGAAUCAAAUCAAUAAACAUCGACAUUAUA